CGGGAAGGACGAGCGCGGCCGCGGGCCUCGGCCGUUUGUGGCGGCUGUGCCGUUCCCCGCUCACUGCGCCUUUCAGCUGCGCGCCCGAUGGAGCUCUCCUGCCAGGCACUGCGAGCCGCGCGCCAGGCGAGAGAGGCGCAGCCCCUCUACUGGAAUACACCACCAGCCCGUCUGGUUCCUUUGUCUCCAAAGCCAGAAGGAAACUGUUACCGAUCUGUGUAGUGAUCUGCAAAACGCAUUUCCAACGGAUGAGAAAUGUUCAAACCGACCCCCAGCCCUUUCCUCCUUUUGCCACCAGAUGUCCCCACGUUUGCAGCAAAACCCCAGAAAAUAGCCGCUCUGCUGGGCCGCUGUUGGCCUGCUCCACCCAGCGCCUUUUACAGACUGUGCUAUCUCCAGUGUGUACAUUGGCAGCAGGAUGCUGUAUGUUAUCUGUAAGAGCCCUACCCUCACAUGCCCAGCAGCCUGAAUCAGGUGGAGAUCCACAGUCACAGCAAGGCCGAUGAGCUGCGAGCAGAAGCUCGGCGGAGAAGUCUCCUCAUUCUCAUUUUGCAUUACUUAAUGGAGGAAGGGUACAUGGAUGCUGCAAAUGCUUUAGAACAAGAGACAAAAUUAGGCUUACGUGGCUUUGAAGUUUGUGACAACGUUGACCUCGAGACAAUUUUGAUGGAAUAUGAAAGCUAUUACUUUGUAAAAUUUCAGAAGUACCCUAAAAUCACAAAAAAGAUCGUGGACACAGCAGAAAACAAACAACAGCUGGGAAAUGGAGGAAGGCAAAGAAGGGCAGCAAGCUCUCAGAAUCUCCCAAGGAUCAAGCAGCAGCCGAUGCAACAACCAUCAUCAAAAACUUCACUGGGGGGCACAGAAAUAAAAUCACCCACCAAGGAGAGCCCCAAACAGGUUGAAAAUAAUGAGAGCACAGUUACUCUGGAGCAAUCUGACUUUGGCUUAAGCAUCUCAGCAGUCAACAGAACUGGAGGAGGAGGAGGAGGAGAAGGCCCUCGCCCAAGAAGGGGCCAAACAGUUGACUUCCAUGGGAUGAUCCAGGAUGCUGUCAAAGUAUCGUCAAAUGGAAUAGGCUUAAGCAGCCUUAAUUGGGGUCCAGACCCAUCAGAACGCUUACUGAAGCCCCUUAGUGCUUUUAUGGGCAUGAAUGGUGAGAUGAGAGAACUUGCAACUGUUGUAAGCAAAGACAUUUAUCUCCAUAACCCAAACGUGAAGUGGGAUGAUAUCAUUGGCCUGGAUGCAGCUAAGAGGCUCGUCAAGGAAGCUGUUGUUUAUCCUAUAAGGUACCCACAGCUAUUUACAGGCAUUCUGUCUCCAUGGAAAGGCUUAUUGCUGUAUGGACCACCAGGUACUGGGAAAACGUUGCUUGCUAAGGCUGUUGCCACAGAAUGCAACACAACAUUUUUCAACAUAUCAGCGUCCACCAUUGUCAGCAAAUGGAGAGGUGAUUCAGAAAAGCUGGUCCGAGUGCUGUUUGAGCUUGCACGGUACCACGCUCCUUCCACGAUUUUCUUGGAUGAGCUGGAGUCUGUGAUGAGUCAAAGAGGCACUGUUUCUGGCGGUGAACACGAAGGAAGUCGGCGGAUGAAAACGGAAUUACUGGUGCAGAUGGAUGGCUUGGCCCGAUCUGAUGAUCUUGUAUUUGUUUUAGCAGCUUCCAAUCUGCCAUGGGAGCUGGACUCUGCCAUGCUGCGGCGGCUGGAGAAAAGGAUUUUGGUCGACCUCCCAAAUCAAGAGGCACGGCAGGCAAUGAUCCAGCACUGGCUGCCACCUCUGAGCAAUAGUGGAGGAGUGGAGCUGAGAACAGACCUGGACUACAGCUUGCUGGGCCAGGAAACCGAUGGGUACUCUGGCUCAGACAUCAGACUCGUCUGCAAGGAAGCAGCCAUGAGACCAGUGAGGAAGGUUUUCGAUGCUCUUGAAAACCAUCAACCAGGUAACAGUAACUUAGCUACGAUCCGCUUGGACACGAUCACCACAGCAGAUUUCCUGGAUGUGAUCACCCACACCAAGCCUUCAGCAAAGAAGCUCAGCCAGAAGUACGCAGCUUGGCAGAGAGAGUUUGAAUCGGUCUGAAAAGAAAAAUCCCAAAAGACUGAACACUUCAAAGA